CGCGUAGAUGUCUCCUCAAAAACUCCCUACACAUCUACAAGUUGCAAGAAACAGACCAAGAGUCUUCUGGGAGGGUAGACAGGUUCGUGGUUCUUACAGUUUGUAGUGAUUAAAAAACAGACUCGGUCUAGUUAUUAUUCAUCUUGUCUUUUUUUUUUUUUUUUUUGGUAAACUACUUUUCCAUCCUGUCAGGAUGAAGAAAUUGUCCACAAAAUUCUCCGAUUUACUGGGAUCUCGGAAUUGCAGCCUGGACGAAUUCUCUCCGAUUUACAUACACCAAGUACGACAGCAAAAACAAUCGUUGGUUGUUUGUUAUAGUUUUUUUUAUCAGUUUCUUUCUUUUCCUUCUGCUUCUUCUCUGAGUCGAAAAUGGCUUUAGGGAAGGCACGCUCCAGUAAACGGUCGUCAUCGUUGACAUCUUACGUAUCGACAAUCACCGUAGUCAUCUUCGUCGCUUCCUGUGUGAUUGGUCUGUGGAUGCUAACAUCCUCAACCCUUAUUCCCCGGCAAAGCACACGAACUUCUAACGACAUUUCUUCCGCCGAUUCUCACUUGGCCAAAGUCGACCCACGUAAGGACGCUCCAGCCUUCGGAGACGCUCAGCGUGACCUCCCUGACGACGCACUCAAGGGCGACGAUGUCAGCAAGGCUGCCGACGAGCCCAAGCAGACGGUUGAGACAACUAAUAUCGAUGCCGUCUCUCAGGACGAUAGCCAGUCUUUGUCGCUAUUAUUGCCAGAGAACCGUUCAGACCCUGUUGUAGAGAGCCACGCGGAAGGAGAAACUGAACAAGAAAACAUUGUGGCCAAUAAGAACGACGAGGUUGCUACAACUACUGCCAACGAAGAAAAAGAUCAGAAGGAGGACGAGACUCAACAAAGAACAGAGGAAUCUGCUGGUGCCGAACAGCAAGGUAAAGAGGAAACUGAUCAGGUCACAAAGGAAAGCAAUCAAAAUCAAGAGAACCAGCAACAACUCCAAGAAACUACAGGGGACCAAGAAAUCUCCGAUCAAGCUAGCACAGAAACCGAAGAAACCCGACAACAAAGAGAAGAGACAGAAGGUAACAAAAGCCAAGAUCAAACUCAACAAAUAACAGAAGAAGCCAAAAAAGAGACAAGUCAACAGGAGUUAGAGAUCGAAAGCCACGAAAACACAGAGCAGUCACAGCAGCAGACAUUCGAGGGGGAUCAUCAACAAGCCCAACAAGAGAUUGUAGAGAGCAAAAUCUCAGAAGUUAACAGUAUUCCACAAGCUGCAAUUCAAGAGGCCAUUAACGAUGAAACCCAACAACAAGAGCAGCAGGAACCCGAACAGCAAACCCAAACAACCGACAAUCAACAAUCCCAAGAAAUUAGAGAAGAAGAGAAUAAACCAGACGAGAAUGAAGAAUCACAGCAAAGCGAAAGCAUGGCAUCUCAGAAUAAAGAAACUCGGCAACAGAGCGAGGAGAAAGGCAGCGGUUCCAACCAGAAAACUCAGAAUGAGACGACGACGGAGGUGAAAGGGGAGACGUUUCCGGUUGGGGCUCACUCGGAGAUCCCAAAGGAGUCCAAAGAAUCAAAAAAAACCUGGUCUACUCAGGCGGAUCAGUCGGAGAACGAGAAGGAGAGAAGGAAGGGAGAGUCCAACAGCAUGGACGGGAGCAUAUAUGGAUACACAUGGGAACUCUGUAACGUUACGGCAGGUCCGGACUACAUACCUUGUUUGGACAACGAGAAGGCGCUCAGGCAACUUCGUACUACCAAACACUACGAGCAUCGAGAGAGGCAUUGUCCCGAUGAGAGUCCCUCUUGCCUGGUCCCACUUCCUGAGGGAUACAGGAGAUCCAUCGAGUGGCCUAAAAGCAGAGAUAAGAUAUGGUAUCAUAACGUUCCGCAUACAAAACUGGCAGAGGUGAAGGGGCAUCAAAAUUGGGUGAAGGUGACCGGAGAGUUUCUUACUUUUCCGGGCGGUGGCACCCAAUUCAUACACGGCGCACUGCACUACAUUGAUUUCAUCCAACAGUCUGUGCCCAACAUCGCAUGGGGGAAGCGCACACGAGUGAUACUAGACGUUGGCUGCGGGGUUGCCAGCUUUGGUGGUUAUCUAUUCGAGAGAGAUGUUCUUACCAUGUCGUUUGCACCAAAAGAUGAACACGAGGCCCAAGUUCAGUUUGCUCUUGAACGGGGAAUACCAGCAAUAUCUGCCGUGAUGGGAACUCAGCGGCUGCCAUUUCCAAGCAGGGUCUUUGAUCUUGUUCACUGCGCACGUUGCAGAGUCCCAUGGCACGUAGAAGGUGGUGCUCUUCUUUUGGAACUGAACCGUGUUCUGCGUCCUGGGGGUUACUUUGUCUGGUCAGCUACUCCUGUGUACCAGAAACUGCCGGAAGAUGUGGAGAUUUGGAAGGCAAUGUCAGCACUUACAGUAUCCAUGUGUUGGGAUCUUUUCACCAUCAAGAAUGAUAAAUUGAAUUCUAUUGGUGCGGCCAUUUACCGAAAACCCACUUCCAAUGAAUGCUACGACAACAGAAAGCAAAACAGUCCUCCCAUGUGUAAGGAUGAAGAUGAUCCAAAUGCAGCUUGGUAUGUACCUCUGCAAUCGUGCAUGCACAGAGUUCCGGUUGACGGGACUGAGAGGGGGUCUCAGUGGCCUGAGGAGUGGCCGAAAAGAUUGGAGACCCCUCCCUUUUGGCUAAACAGAUCUCAGAUGGGAGUCUAUGGAAAGCCAGCCCCCGAUGAUUUUUCUGCAGAUUAUGAGCAUUGGAAAAGAGUGGUGACUAAGUCCUAUCUCACCGGACUGGGCAUCAGUUGGUCGAACGUCAGAAAUGUGAUGGACAUGAGAGCUGUUUAUGGCGGAUUUGCAGCGGCACUGAGGGACCUACAAGUGUGGGUCCUGAAUGUGGUGAACAUAGAUUCCCCAGAUACACUUCCCAUCAUCUACGAGCGUGGUCUUUUUGGGAUAUAUCAUGACUGGUGUGAAUCUUUCAGCACUUAUCCCAGAAGUUAUGAUCUGUUGCAUGCUGACCACUUAUUCUCGAAGCUCAAGAAGAGGUGCAAGCUUGCGCCUGUAAUAGCAGAGAUCGAUAGAAUAGUUAAACCAGGAGGAAAACUGAUUAUCCGUGAUGAUUCCACCACGAUGCGUGAAAUUGAAAACAUUUUGAAAUCUCUGCACUGGGAAAUUCACUUGACCUUUUCCAAAAACAAAGAAGGAAUCCUUAGUGCACAAAAAUCCGAUUGGCGACCAGCAACAUACGCAGCUUCUUUCUGAUUUAAGAGAAAUUGAUUAGAGUUCCAAGCUUUGAUAUGUAGAGUUUUUUUAUUUUAUUUUUUUCACCAAUAUUUCCCAAGGAAAGACUGGUGAAAUUUGUGCUGCUCUUCUGUUAGGAUGAUAAGCCUUUAAAGCUAAUUUCCACUAAAACAAAGUUAAUUCAUUGAAUACGAUUAGGUAAAUAUAUCAGCUUUUUUAUUUAUCA